UUUCUCCCCCCCUUCCCCCACCAUAAAUCCUUACUAUUACCCCCUUCCCACUAUAAAUCCUUACUAUCACCCCCUUCCCACUAUAAAUCCUUACUAUUACCCCCUUCCCACUAUAAAUCCUUACUAUUACCCCCUUUCUCCCCCCCUUCCCCCACCAUAAAUCCUUACUAUUACCCCCUUCCCACUAUAAAUCCUUACUAUCACCCCCUUCCCACUAUAAAUCCUUACUAUUACCCCCUUCCCACUAUAAAUCCUUACUAUCACCCCCUUCCCCACUAUAAAUCCUUACUAUUACCCCCUCCCCACUAUAAAUCCUUAAUAUUACCCCCUCCCACUAUAAAUCCUUACUAUUACCCCCUUCCCCCCUCCCACUAUAAAAGUCCAGAGCACAGAAAAUUAUUCACAUUCCAAUGUUAUAUUUAG